ACCGCGGAGGGCAAGAUGAUUGCUCUGUUCUUGGACUACGAUGGCACUUUAUCACCGAUCGUGAAGAUUCCUGAAAAGGCGUUUAUGUCUGAGGAGAUGCGUGACGCUGUUGGAGAAGCUGCCUCCUUGUUCCCCACUUCAGUCGUCACUGGAAGGUCCCGAGAUAAGGUGAAAGACUUCAUACAACUCGAAAAUCUGCACUACGCAGGGAGCCAUGGGAUGGACAUCAAACUAAGUGACGAAACAGAAGCCUUCCAACCUACCAGCGAGUAUGAACCUAGAAUAACAGAGGCCACAGAGCGUUUGGAAGAGGCUGUGCAACAGAUCAAGGGUGCCACGGUAGAAAACAACAAGUACUGCGUUUCAGUACACUACAGGAAUGUUCAGAAGAAGGAGCGAAAGUUGGUUAAGAACAUCGUGAACAGAACUUUGACAAGCUUUUCUGAUCUCAAGGUGACCCAUGGUAAAAAGGUCUUAGAGGUUCGUCCAAAGGCUGACUUCAACAAGGGUCAUGCAGUCAACUAUCUACUCGAGUACCUGGUGAACAAAAAUAACUGGGACAGAUCUCAGGUUCUAGCUAUUUACAUCGGGGAUGAUAAGACCGACGAAGACGCCUUUAAGGUUCUUUCUGGACAAGGCGGAUUUGGGAUCCUUGUCUCCAAGAAGCGCAGGAAGACCGACGCCUCCUAUUCGCUUAAAGACCCACCUCAGGUGAAAGAAUUUCUUCAAAAGCUAGUUAGCUGGAAGAGUGGAGAGGCUCAAGUUUGAGUCUGUCGCAAUCUAUUUAGUACUAGCUUAAUUUCUGUAUGUUGCCACGGAAUAAUAUAUAGAUGAUGUAUACCAAGAUUGAUUUGUUGGUUUCCUAUUUAAUAAAGUGUGUCGAGGGUAAUGUGCAUGUGCUGUUCGACCAAACCAAAACAUUCAGGGAAUAAUAUAAAAUAUUUGAAACAGAGGUAGUAUGUGAUAACCAGCAUGCACUCCUCCUCUUCUUCUUUCUCAUUGCCACAUGUAUCCAACAUUCUCACCU